AACUCAGUCUUAAUUGAAUGCUCGCAGUGAGACGACGACGUGUUCCGCACAGAAAACCCCAUUCAUUCCACACAUCCACGUAUAGAAAUCAUGAAGUAUCUGACUUUGCUGGUCGUUUUGGGCCUUUUGAUAGCCCUCUUUGCCGGAUCUUCGGAGGGCAGCUAUUGUCCUUGCGAUCUGAAGACCAAGGGCACUGAAGUCUGCGGCUCGAAUGGUGUUACCUUCAAAAAUCGCUGUGAGUUCGAGUGCAGCCAAAGGGAUUAUAAGAAACUUGGGCGCACCUUGAACAUCAGGAAGGAUGGACCUUGCAACUAGACAAACUGAAAUAUACCUAAAUACUUUAGUGAUGAAUGCUGUGAGAUGGUACUUGAGAUAAUAUAAUGUGAACAACUAUCAAAAGCUAAAUACUCUUAUUAAAACAAUCUAAAAUGCUUUCUCUCGUUUAUCAGUAAUGUAUAUUAUAACCAAGAUACUCUAAACAAAUAAAGCCUGGUGUUUAUUAAUUAAACUGAAA